AUACUAAUAGUAUUUUAUUAUCUAAUACCGAGGAAACGCAUCCUAUUGAGUAUCCACAAGAAAGCAAUUUUAGUUGUGACAAUCUGCAAGUGGCGACAAAUGAUUCUUUCGCGGAAUUUGAUAACUUUCAUGAUUUUCCCGUGGAAAAUACUACGUCCCAAGACUUAAAUUAUUCUG